GCAGACAUAUUGCUUACUGGAGCAAAUUCUGGAAAGCUAGAAGAGGGAAAGGAUUUAAAACUGAUUUAUAUCUUCACAACUUGAUACACCCAAACCACGUAGGAUACAAUGGAACCGUCAGCCAGUCCGGCCAAGGAUAACUACAGGAUGAACCGUUAUAAGAACAAAGCACUGAACCCAGAAGAGAUGAGGCGCAGGAGAGAGGAGGAAGGCAUCCAACUCAGGAAACAGAAACGAGAACAACAGCUUUUCAAGAGGAGGAACGUGGACAUUCUCAAUGAAGAGGAAGCCAUGCUUGAGAGUCCACUGGUGGAUUCCUACCUCAGCUCUCCAGUAACAGAAGGAGUCAUUACCAGAGACAUGGUUGAGAUGCUUUUUUCAGAAGACCCGGAGCUUCAGCUCACCACAACACAGAAGUUCAGAAAACUACUUUCCAAAGAGCCCAACCCACCAAUUGAUGAAGUUAUAAACACACCUGGAGUAGUGGAGAGGUUUGUGGAGUUCCUAAAGAAGAGUGUGAACUGCACACUACAGUUUGAAGCUGCUUGGGCACUGACCAACAUAGCAUCAGGCACAUCCAUACAGACAAAGACAGUGAUUGAGGCGGGAGCAGUGCCAAUCUUCAUAGAACUACUUAACUCGGACUUUGAGGAUGUUCAAGAACAGGCUGUGUGGGCCCUGGGUAAUAUUGCAGGUGAUAGUGCAGUUUGCAGGGACUAUGUGCUGAACUGCAACAUCCUUCCACCAUUAUUAAUGCUUCUGACCAAAUCCACGAGAUUGACCAUGACUAGGAAUGCAGUCUGGGCUCUGUCUAAUCUCUGCAGAGGAAAAAAUCCUCCACCUGCUUUUGAAAAGGUGUCACCCUGUCUGCCAGUACUGUCGAGGCUUUUAUUUAGCAGCGACCCAGACUUGCUGGCAGACGCCUGCUGGGCCCUGUCCUACCUCUCAGACGGCCCCAAUGACAAGAUCCAGGCUGUCAUCGACUCUGGUGUCUGCAGGCGCCUUGUAGAACUACUCAUGCACACUGACUAUAAGGUGGCCUCCCCUGCCUUGAGAGCAGUAGGAAACAUUGUCACUGGAGAUGAUAUCCAAACACAGGUGGUGUUGAACUGCUCAGCCCUUCCCUGUCUGCUGCACCUUCUCAGCAGUGCUAAAGAGUCUAUUCGCAAAGAGGCAUGCUGGACCAUCUCGAACAUCACAGCAGGAAACAGAGCACAGAUACAGACGGUAAUUGAUGCCAACAUCUUCCCAGUGCUGAUAGACAUUCUACAGAAAGCCGAGUUCAGGACAAGGAAAGAGGCCGCCUGGGCCAUCACUAACGCCACCUCCGGAGGAACACCAGAGCAGAUCAGAUAUUUGGUGAACCUGGGCUGCAUCAAGCCACUGUGUGAUCUGUUGACGGUGAUGGACUCUAAGAUUGUUCAGGUGGCUCUCAAUGGGCUGGAGAACAUCCUGAGGCUCGGGGAGCAGGAGGCCAAGCAGGAGAACAACGGCACUGGAGUCAACCCUUACUGCAGCCUCAUCGAAGAGGCCUAUGGUCUGGACAAGAUCGAGUUUCUUCAGAGCCACGACAACCAGGAGAUCUACCAGAAGGCCUUUGACCUAAUUGAGCACUACUUCGGGGUGGAGGACGAGGACAGCAGUCUAGCCCCUCAGGUGGACCAGGCCAACCAGCAGUUCCUUUUCCCUCAGCAGGAGGCCCCCAUGGAGGGCUUCCAGCUAUAAAUCAAUACCCCUCUCCUCUAAAAUACACCAUUUACCCCCUCCAUACCUCUCUAUCUCUUGGAGGGCUCAUAGAUACCUGAGUCGUACCUCCAAGCCCACUUCAUCUGCAACAACCCUCCCCACCUCUGCUAUCACCACACACCCAUGCCCUUCGGAGGAAAACUAAAACUUUUGUGCUCUCCAGCCUAAAAAUACCCCCUUCUCUUAAUACUUCUCUAGCAGUGGACUGACUUCUUGCAGGGUAGAUUCGUGUUUCCUGACCAAUGGGGGAGCACUCCACACAAACUCCAUUACACCUAGAAGAGGAAGUGAUCGCCUCAUAGCCCAAAGUGUGAGUCUGCCCUAGCUUAAAACGCACACACAGACAUCCUCCUGCCAUUUGAUAGCUCUUAGAUCCUCUCAUUGGCAGUAACGAUGGCUUGUUGGUUAAUAUCUUUAAAUACACUUUCAUGUUUUGUUUUUUUUUACCAAUGGAACAUUCCUAUUUCCAGGACUACCCAGGCAUCCUCAUGCAAAGCCAACAAACUGGGGAGCAUGAGGUGAAAUAUGCCCAGCUAUUGAUGUCAGUCUGACUUAGUACAAUUCAAAAAGUACUAGCAACAAUAUCCCUUUUUAGUUGAUGAGUUAUUUUUCCCCAGCCCUUAUUUAUCUGCUCCUUAUUAAUGCUUGUGAUUUUUUUUUCCUUUUCAUUUCUAUAAUGGGAAGCACAUGGUUUGCUACCAAGAAGAUGCUCUGUUAUAAUGAGGCUUAGGGCUGGUCUCUGCGCAUCUGCUGAUAGGAAAAAAGAAUCUGAUCUAUAUUGGGGUUUCAGAGACACAGAUGUCCACCCAAAAUUAAGGGUUGCCUACUGCCCUGAGUCUGAUGCCCAAGCUAAGAAGUGUUUUUUUUUUUUGUUUUCUUUUUUUCCCCCUGAGUCAGUUAACACGUUUUUUUAAGUGGGACAAAUUUCGGGGGUGGGGGGAGGGUUGAGGUGGGAAGAAAAAAGAUUUAUCUAACCUUAGGAAGGGCUCUGAGUGGGUUAUUGGAAAAGGAUUCUGGGUGUUUUUUUUUUUUAAAGAAAUGUUUAAAGAAGUAAAAAAAAAAAUCCAGGUUUCGAGGGUGGUAUAGUUAGAGAUCCAGUGUUCGUCGUGUGCUGUGAUAAUAAUAAUACAUUUGAAUUAUGAAGUGAUUUAACUAUUAAACAAGGCAUAGCUGGGGUGUUAGGGGGAGGAAGAGCCGGCGGCAGCAGCAGCAGCAAACUUAUUUUAUAUUUAAAUGAAUUCAAGGGAUUGCAGAUGUUUAAAGUAGAGUGACAGACAUGACAUGGAAAUUUCAGAAGACGAUAUAUUUUCAGUUUUGAUUUUCUGAUUCCACUGAAGCUCAGUAGAAACAGAUUGCUGCUCGUUAGCUAGGCCCUGUGAUCGCCCCCCCCCUCCCCAGUCGUAUGUGGUAGGGUUUUUGCAUGGUGUUAUAUUACCCUGCUUACAGUCACUGAGUAUCCCUGGCCAAACACAGACAGUUGGCACAGAGAGAUAGAAAACAGUGUGAACAAACACUGUGAGACAUUGCUCUACGCCGCUUAGCGUUUCCUUGUUAACAGCAUUUGGAGUUUAAAAAAUAGCGGGAACUGGGCCAUAACUAAUUGGUUUGGUGGUGUUAACAGUGAUAGUGUAGUGAUGGUGGUGGUGUUUUGUAUAGCGGUAGAGUCGAUAUAUAACCUAUGGCAUUCUAUAUCACUAUAUUUUUGAGGAAUGGGAAUGACAACAGAUAAUGAUAUUUGCAUGGGUCCAUUGUGACAUGUAUAGGUAUUGAUGUAAAUAGCCUAUCCUCUGCCUGGCAAGGAAAGUCUAUGUGGCUUCUUUGUCCCCUCAUGGGCGCAAUAAGAGCCAGAGUUUGGCUGGGGAUAUAUCUGAGAUAAGUGACGAGCCUAACUGCAACAAAAAAUUCAAGUAUAAGUAUAUAUAUUUGAAUUUUGAUGUAUUUGCAUUAUAUAUAGAUAUUUGCGCACACUUCAUGUACACUUGCAUACAACACCAGCAGACACUGUACACACACCUCACACAGAUGAGUGGCUAGUAGCAAGUAAAAUAGUUUCCAUAGUCUUUGGACUGGAAAAAAAGUAGUUAUUCUUUCAUUUUAUUUUAUUUUGAAGUUCAGCUUUUCUCCAAAGUGUGGAAAAAAAGCCAUUUUUGGCUGUUUUUUUGUUUCAGAGCACUUAGUAUAUUUUCUUUAUUUAUAAAAAUGUUUCCCUUGGUUUCAUUUUGGUUUAGAUUGUUUUGUUUUAAUUGAGACAAUGAAAAGAGCGGUUUAUUGAAUUCAGAAGUGAUUCGGUUCACACGUAGGCCUUAUGGAAACUUUUUUCUGUUGUUUCUAGCCACGUAACAUACGAUGGUUUAAAUUAGUCCUGUAAACCCUGACCUUGGAUCAGUGUUUGCCUCUGACAGGAGCUGAUCUCGGAUCAGUGUUCAGGCUUUGUGGAUGGAGCAGAACUGUGGUCGUGUGAUGUUUGACUGACAGGCACUGUGUGAGGAAGAGGCUGAUUGACUCUAUGACUAUGUCCCCAUUAGAGUCUGGGAGCCCCUGUUCUGUGGAUCACAGAAGCAGCCCUGAUGUUUAAUCGUGGAGCUGUGUACAGAAUUAUGGUUCUCUCAACCAAAAUAUAAAUGCUGCAGUCUCUUGAACAUUGUGUACAAUCGAGAACAUACUUUUUCGACCAAAAAAAUGUUCCUCUUGUUUGAUAGAGCAUUUUUCUUGGAUGCACAGACUUAAUCUUUUCCAUUUCAUUUGUUUCAGUAUUGAGUUUUUUGGGGUUUUUUUGUUUUGUUUUGUUUUUUUUCAUUAGCCUUCAAAUUCCUAUGUCAGUGCAGAGUAUCAUAGUGUGAGAUACUGCUAUUACACACAGGGGUUUACGUGUUCAUUGACAGAGGAACAUACGUUAGAGAGGCUGUCUAGUUUUGGUUUUUUUUUUUUGGUUUUUUUGGCUUCAUGAGUUCAAAUGUUGUCCACAGAACAUGUGCUCCCAGCAGACAUAAGAGGUCAAAUCAUGUAUAAUUGAGCAUCAAGAACAUACCUCUACAUGACAGAUGUGUAGAGCAGCAUUUAUAACUGAAGUCUUCGAUUUCAUGGCCAAUUCUGUGCUUGGCCUACAAAUAAUGCCAGAAUUGCAUUGUUUAAAAAAAAAAAAAAAAAAAAUCAGUGCAUCAACCAGGAAGAAUAUUAUAUAUUGUAUUUCUGAAAAAUGAAAAUGCACUCCUAUUCACAAAAGUGCCAACCCGACCAACAAAGACUGGAGGUUCUUAUGUAUCUGUCUUUGACUUCUAGAUUUUUUUUUUCCUUUAUAUCUUUUAUUUACUUGAAUGUGCACACAUUUUGUGCAAAACAUUGCUGCUCUAUUUUCCUUAUCUUUAAAAUUACAUUGUUAGCCAUUGUUUCUUUAGAAAAGUGGCAUUCUCUACUGUGGGCACCUAAAUAAGGAAUUAAGGAAGUGUAAUUGUUUUGGGGGGGAAGGUCUCAAUUAACUGCAUAAAACCGGUCUUUCCAGCGACUUCUUGUCCGUUGAUGUGAUGGUCCCCACUCUUACAGUCUUCUAAUGGUUUUCACUGUGCAAAGCUUUGCUGCAAAUGUUUUUGGAAUCAAUGAACUGAUUUCAUGUGGUGGAUACAGUGGAGUAUAAUAUUUAGCAUUUUUCUUGAGGCCGUGGCCUGCAGCCAGUCCCUCUUUGUGCAAAAACAAACUCUGCGUUGACAGAAAUAUUGUAGUACUUAAAUGUGGCACAUGAUGCAAAUUGUGGAAACUUAAGCGACUAUCAUAGCAGACAAUUGCAGGUACUAACCUUAUUGUCACAGUUAGUUUACCAAAGUUUUGUCCAUCCUGAAGGCUGGUUUAAAUGAUUUACUUGAUGUUUUGUUUUCAGUAGUUGAUGUAAUUGGCUUGUGUUGACCCAGUCAGUAUGACUGAGAGAUUGCUUCAGGCCAUUUAAAACUUGCUUCUUUUCAUUAGAAGCUGCAUGAGCUCAGUCCCUCAUUUCUCAGUUUUCUUUUCUCUCAAGUUCAAGUACUGUUUAGGGAGGUAGAAAAUCUGCAGAAUAAUCCAAAAGACUGCAAUAAAUAUUGUCCAAAAAUCAGGCACCCCGGAGGAAAAGAUCCACCUACAAACUGCUCCCACAGGUGACAACUCCUUCCACUGGGUGGAGCUAAAAGAAGCAACUACUUGACGUUUUUCUAAGAUAAAAUCUGGGAUUCAGAAAUUGUGCAGUGAUUUACAUUAAAAAGUAUUAUAAGUUAAACUAUAUGUAUUUUCUGAUACAUUGAUAGGGAUUCAGAUGCAAUUCUAAUCACUUCUGAGAAGUGGAGAAAAAGUCUCAUUAGAACAUGUCACAGGAAAAUAUAAAUAAAAUAGGAGGUGAGGAUUCAAGCCUUUUCUGCUUUUCUUGGUCUUUUUCUUGAUCAGGAUAUUCUGGGCUAUAUUUUUGGAUAACUGUGUUUGGAGUAAAAGUUUGUCCUAGUCAGGCUGCAUGAUCAGGAACCUCGUUCUCUUUGGGGGAUUGAACACACAUCACUAAAUAUCUCAAAUCUGACUUGUCUUCCGUCCUAGAAAGCUGUUCAUGUCUAUAUCAGAAUCUAAAGCCAUGCUUGGCUUCGUCAAGUAAUGUCUACGCUACAAAUGUUUACAAUGCUACAUGUUUGUAAAAUACUUUUCAUAUGCCAUCACUGACCAGUCCUGAUGUAUUCUCGGCUCUGGUCCUCUCAUUUCUUUUACAUGUAUUUAUUUUCUCUUUUCUUGUUUAUGAUUUUUCAUUUGCUCAAAAUUACCCAUCUUAAACUGUGACUUGACUUGACUUUACCGACGGUAUGAAUGAGUGACGAGAAACUAAUACACUUCAGCUGAACAUGACACACAAACAUGAACAUUAAAAAAAAAAAAAAAAAAAUACAUACAGGAAAUGGCAACAACAUUAAAAAUGUAAAGAAAAUAUAUUGAAUU